GAGCAGAGGGAUGAAACAAGUGGAAGGAGAUGUAGCCGACAGGCACACAUUAAUUACUCCAACACACGCACUACACCUCGUCGGCUCCACUCCUUUCUCAGUACGCUGUAGCAUCCUCCUCUUUGCAUAACGCAGCGAGCGAUCGUUUUGCGGUGCUGCGUCGGAGCUUCAUGGCCGCAACACUCACGAUGAGCGGCGGCGUGCAGGAGGAUCCCUUCUAUCCGCUGCAGAAGGCGACUCUGCCCGCUGGAUUCCCCUUGGAGGACUCGGCGUUGUUCGGCUUGGACUGCAAGAUCGCCGAAGUGGAUAAGGCUGGACAAAAUGACUACGCACAGGCAAAGUGUGAGAUGGACAGAUACCUCUCCCCUCAGCCUCUUCCCCUUCCAACUCCUGCAGACAACCAGCAGAAGUCGCUCAGAGACAACUCGUCUGGAGUGGAUCAGUUUUUCACUGACGCCGGGGCUCCUUAUACCCUCAACAUGAAUCUUUAUCUCCCUGAUGUCGGCUACCUGAGGAUGGGCUUGUGCCAGCAGGUGCGGUCCCCUCAACACCAGAACCACCCAAGUCUGACUCAUAUUAAAACAGAAUCUGCCUCCUCGUGUUUCUCCUCUAACCUGCAGCCGCACUGCUCCAACACUGCGCCCACAAGUAGCUGCAGCACAUCCGGGCAUGGCCCUGGCAGUAUUGCCAUGGAAAACUCCGCCACAAACAUGACAUUAACAGGGUUACCAGAAUUCACCAGUGUUUUCAAUCAGCUGGGAUGUAGCCGCAGUGGUGAUUCACUGCCAGAAGUGUUUGUCAAACAGGAAGUGUCACCACAGUUCGAGCAGCAUGCUCUCCACCACCAUGACAACAGUGGCUCGCUGUUUCAGCUCCUAAAUUCUGGCUUGGAUCAUCGCCAUGGCAAUGGCAUGGAGGCUCAACAGCAUCAGCAGCAGCAGCAGCAGCCGAUCCAACACGCUACCACGAUGCACACGCCUUUUCAUGAUUUGCCAGUAGCUUCUUCUGCUUCACAACAAGACCAAACUGUCAAGUCUGCCUACCGUGGUCUGGGUGGUGGGGUAUACACACAUCCUCAUUCUCAGGCACAUCCCCAUUUCCUCCAGCAGCAGGUGCCCUACCUGCCGCCCUCUCCGCCAAACUCAGAGCCCGGCAGCCCUGACAGGCAGAAGGAGCUGCUCCACAACAUGUCCCCUCCUCCAUCAUAUGCUGCCACUAUUGCCUCCAAACUUGCAGGUAGCACACCCGGACUUGGACCUGGCCCCGGACCAGGUGGCUUAGCUUUGCCCCUCACUUCAGGUCCCUCACCAGUCACAGGCCCAGCCACAGUCCUUCCUCAAGCCCACAUAACACCCACCGCAAACCCAGCACAGAACACGAUGUCUGUCCGCUACAACAGAAGGAACAACCCCGACUUAGAGAAACGACGGAUCCACCACUGUGAUUACCCAGGCUGCAAGAAGGUCUACACCAAAUCGUCCCAUUUGAAAGCACACCUCAGGACUCACACUGGUGAGAAGCCGUACAGGUGCACGUGGGACAGCUGCGACUGGCGUUUUGCUCGUUCGGAUGAGCUGACGCGUCAUUACAGGAAACACACGGGCGCCAAACCCUUCCAGUGUGCGGUCUGCUCACGCUCCUUCUCCCGAUCGGAUCACCUUGCCCUGCACAUGAAGAGACACCAGAACUAGCAACAGUUUGCACACACGCUCAAACAUACAAAACACUAUCUUGUCAAACAGAAAGCACUCACUCCGUGACCUGCACCUACAUUGUCAGAAGCUGCCUGAUGCAGAGUGACUUUCACUGACAUCACAGCUCUUCCCGGUGCUGCUGUCGUGUGAUAAAACACAACGAUAGCCUAACAAACAUGUUGCUCUUAAUGCCAAGUGGAACAAUUUGGAGAUUAUAAAGUAGGAAGACAGUAGCCAGAUGAAGUUCUGGGCUCUUAACCACCGGAUACAUAUAUUAUAGAUGUGUUUGGGCAAAUAAAAAGAUGAAAAAUAAUAAAAAGUGAAUGGCAGCCCAUUUGGACUCUUGGGUGUGACUGGAAUGAAUUAAAACAGCAUCUUUUGUCUUUAUUCUAACAUAGAACUGGCUUAAUUUUCUUUUAUAAAGGAGAAGCUUUUGUUUGCAAAACUAGUCAAGCCAAAUCUUUGUUUACUCACUGAUUUGUUAGUUUCUCUCUAUAACUGGAAUAUCCAGGUUUUUAUUUCUUACCAAAUCCUUAGAUUUGCACUAGAAUUGGUAAUCUAAGCCUCAGCCAUUUUGGCCCAAGUAUCUCAUUCACCACUGGAACGAUCAUUAUCACUACUGGACUACAUCUCUGUGUACACCACACAAAUCAUUGCUGUUCAGAUAUUAAAAAUUGAAGGCAUUUAUACUCUGGAGAGAGGUAAGAGAGAGCAGGGAAAAAGUGAAGGGGGGGGGGUGGAGAUGGAGAGAAAGACAGAGGGAGAAAUUUUUGAUUUUAGAGAGAGGAGAUUGGAGGAUGAUUGAGAAACAGAGGGAGGUGGAUGGAUGCUAAAGAGCAGCAAUUAGGUGAUGAAUUAUUCAGGUUGUCUUUUGAUGGAUUUCCAACUAGAGAAAUGUAAGGAGAACCCAUAGACGUGUUCUAGGACUCAUUCAGUUAAUACAGAAUCAACAGUAUUUGAUGCACAAACUUGAACGUGCACUGAAGUGUCUUCAAAAUGCAACAUGCUAUCACUGUGCGUCUAUCUCACCCGGCGUUUUACUUCUUUUGAAUAUUUGAACCAAAGCAUCAUGUUCAUCACCAUCGACAUCUUAUUAAGUGCCUCUUUCUCUCAUUUAUGCAUUUUUGUUCUCUAGUAGCAGAGGUGUGAUCAGUGUAGUCAGGCCUUUUGAAAACUUGGUGCUUUUUUUUUUUUUUUUUUUUUUUUUAAAAGUCUAAAUCUGUUAAAUCUCUAGGUUCGGCUUUGAAAAGGUAAAUCUCUUGAACUAAAAGGUUAACCAUCCUUGUGGUAAUGUAACAGCAGAGCUCUACAGAGCUAUCUUAGCUCAGUCAGUCUGUCAACAAGUCAUGGGCGCGUUUUGUUAAAGGACGGGUUCACUUUGUUUUUUUUUUUGUAACUUUAUUAUUAGCUUCUUGUAACUUUGGUUCAGAUUCUAAUGUUGGAAGUUUAUUUUUCCCACAGAAUAUGGAAUUUGUUACAGUUGCUUGCAUUGAAAUCACUCAUCAAAGGGAUCUCAUCAACCACCAAGUCUUUUAAUGUACAUAUGGACAUGAGGGUAUUGUUUCUUUUUUUUUUUUUUUUUUUUUUUUUUAAAGUGUGAACCUAUCCUUUAAUGUACACCCGAAUGUCCAUUUGAUGGUGAGAUUUAGCCUGCACUUAUAACUGUAUUUGUUCAUUCACUGCAGGUAGCAUAUCGAUAAUAUAGCACUGUAAUGUAUAAUGAUAAAUCUGACUAUUUAUUUGAUUGUGUAGAAGCAGGGGUUGCAUCUGAUCAACCGUCUUUUUCCCCAGCAAAAAUGCCUUAAUGUAAAUAUAUGCACUGUAAAUACAUUUUUUGUUUGUUUUCCUCUUUUGUUAUUUUUUUGUAAACAACAGGGCAAACAGAGGAGAAUGCCCUGCAUCCAAAAAUGUUUGAGCCUUUUUUCUUUGUUUUUUUUUUUCUUGUCAAAGCUAUUUUGAUGCCAUUAUUUUAUAUAUUGUCCUUCCAGCAACUUGUUUUGUAGAUCCUUUUUUUUUUCUUCCAUGGUAAACGUUCCAGAGACAAAAGUUGUUUUUUUCUCAACUGAGUGAAGCUCAUGCUAAUAAAGUCA